CUGCCGCCGCACGGCGAGGUGGUGCAGGGCGUCGAGAGCCUGACGACGUCCUUCUUCCAGCUGGGCUUCGUGCCGCGGCUGCUCUUCUCGUCGGCGCUGCGCGAGCGGCCCGAGACGGUCAGCCUGUUCCUGGUGUUCAGCAUCCUGGCCGUGUCGGCGCCGUUCACGCCCAGUCUGGUAACCCGGUACGGCGGCAGCGGCAGCCGCGCAACGCAGGCCUUCCUGCGCGGCGCGUCGGCCUUCGUGCCGCAGCACAUGUUCGAGUCGAGCCUCGAGGCGGUGCAGGCGUUUUUCCUCUUGAGCAUUGCCGAGUGGGGGAACGGCGACAAGAACCGCAGCCUCGUGUACAUGGGGAUUGCGGUCCGGCUCGCGGGCAUCAUGCGCCUGCACCGCGAGGAGGCGUACCGGCUACCAGACGGAAGCAGCGCUGAGGCAGUGGCGCGGUCCGAGGGCGCGCGCCGCACCUUCUGGAUGCUCGAGACGUUUGAGAACUUGCACUCGGGCGCCGGCUCGCCCAUCGCCUUCUCGUACGCCGACAUGACGGUGCUGCUGCCGUGCGACGAGCGCGACUUCACCUUUGGCGUGCGCCCGUACCGCCGCGCCGCGCUGAUGGGCACGCCGCCGGCGCUGGCCAACCCGGCGCUCACGCGGCUGCCAGCGCCCGAGCGCUCGCUGUUCGCCACGCUGCUGCAGACGCACAGCCUUUGGGGCCGCGUGGCGCGGCUGGCCGGUGCCGGCGACGCCGCCAUGAUGCAGCCCGGCAGUGCCGCGCCUGGCUCGGGCGGGCCGCGCAUCGACGCCGGCGACUACGCGCGGCUGGCCGGCGAGCUGGCCGGCUUCGAGCGCGACCUGCCGGCGCAGCACGCCUGGUCCGUGUGGAACCUGCGCGCCUUCAAGCUCGAGGGCCAAGACCUGGCCUUCCUGUCGACCGUCAUGAUCCUGCGCCUGAGCAACGUCAUCCUGCGCCGCAGCCACCUCGACGGCCUGCUCAACGCCGCCGCGCGGUCGGGGACAGCGUCUGACGACAGGGCGUGGCAGCCCGUCGCCGGCCAGCUGUACGCGGACAUGCUGGUGCUGCACGAGCAGAUAUCGGCCUUCUUUGCGCACCGCGCGCCUGCCCACGGAUACCCGGCGCUGGUCGUCUUCUGCGCCUACGUGUGCGGCUCGCUGGCUAACCGCCUGCACCGCCAGCCGCAGCUGUGUGUGGCCGUUGCGCCGCAAGCCCUGGCCGUGCUGCGCUCGUCUGUUCGUGGUCUUGCGAGCCUGCACGUCGCCUGGCCGUUUGCGCAGCGCUGG